AUGAAGUUCAAGAAGCUCACAAAUGCCCAACGUUCCGGUCUGAACCAAAUUCCCAACCGUCGAUUUACUCUUUGGUGGUCUCCAACCAUCAACCGCGCCAAUGUAUAUGUCGGUUUCCAGGUGCAGCUUGAUCUGACUGGUAUUUUCUUGCACGGCAAGAUUCCUACUCUAAAGAUCUCCCUAAUCCAGAUCUUCCGUGCCCACUUGUGGCAGAAGAUCCACGAGUCUGUGGUCAUGGACUUGUGUCAGGUGUUUGACCAGGAGUUGGAGCAACUUGGUAUCGAGGCUGUUCAGAAGGAGACUAUCCACCCGCGUAAGUCUUACAAGAUGAACAGUUCUUGUGCCGAUAUCCUUCUCUUCGCCACGAACAAGUGGAAUGUCACCCGUCCUUCGCUUUGCUUCGAUACCAAGGAUGUGUACGAGCCCACCACAACCAACAAGUUCUGGGUUGAUGUGCAGCUGAGAUAUGGUGACUACGACUCUCACGAUAUCGAGCGUUAUGUCCGUGCCAAGUAUCUCGACUACACUACCGACAGCAUGAGUAUCUAUCCUUCUGCCACUGGUUUGAUGAUUGGUAUUGAUCUGGCGUACAACCUCUACUCGGCUUAUGGUCAGUUCUUCCCUGGUCUUAAGACUUUGAUUCAGCAGGCGAUGGCGAAGAUCAUGAAGGCCAACCCUGCCCUCUACGUUUUGCGUGAACGUAUCCGCAAGGGUCUUCAACUCUACGCCUCGGAGAGCAAUCAGGAGUUCCUCAACUCCCAAAACUACUCCGAGCUUUUCAGCCCUCAGAUCCAGCUUUUCAUUGAUGACACAAAUGUCUACCGUGUUACCAUCCACAAGACCUUUGAAGGAAAUUUGACUACCAAGCCCAUCAACGGCGCCAUUUUCAUUUUCAACCCUCGCACUGGUCAGCUGUUCUUGAAGAUCAUUCACACUAGUGUUUGGGCUGGUCAGAAGCGUCUGGGUCAACUUGCCAAGUGGAAGACGGCUGAAGAAGUUGCCGCUCUUAUCCGGUCUCUGCCGGUUGAGGAGCAGCCAAAGCAGCUUAUUGUCACUCGCAAGGGUCUUUUGGAUCCCCUCGAGGUUCACUUGCUGGAUUUCCCUAACAUCUCUAUCCGUGCUUCCGAGCUUCAGCUGCCUUUCCAGGCUGCUAUGAAGGUUGAGAAGCUCGCAGAUAUGAUUUUGCGCGCCACCGAGCCUCAGAUGGUUCUCUUCAACUUGUAUGAUGAAUGGUUGAAGUCUAUCUCGCCUUACACUGCCUUCUCUCGUUUGGUCCUGAUUCUUCGUGCUCUCCACGUCAACAUCGAUAAGGCUAAGAUCAUCCUUCGUCCCGAUAAGAGCGUGAUUACCCAGGAACAUCACAUCUGGCCGUCUCUCUCUGAUGAGGACUGGAUCAAGGUCGAAGUCCAGCUCCGUGACCUGAUUCUCAACGACUAUGGCAAGAAGAACAAUGUCAAUGUACAGAGUUUGACUAGCAGUGAAGUGCGUGAUAUCAUCCUGGGUAUGGAGAUCAGUGCCCCCUCGCUGCAGCGACAGCAGGCUGCCGAGAUCGAGAAGCAGCAGGAGGAAGCCAAGCAGCUCACCGCUGUGACCACCAAGACCCAGAAUGUUCGUGGAGAGGAGAUGAUUGUUACAACCACCUCGCAGUAUGAGCAGCAGUCCUUUGCCUCCAAGACUGAAUGGCGUACUCGGGCCAUCGCCACAUCCAACCUCCGGACGAGAUCUAACAACAUAUACGUCUCUUCUGAUGACAUUCGCGACGACGGCUUCACCUACGUCAUGCCCAAGAACAUUCUCAAGCGAUUCAUCACCAUCGCUGAUCUGCGGGUCCAGGUCACUGGUUACCUUUAUGGUAGCUCGCCUCCCGACAACGACCAGGUCAAGGAGAUCCGCACCAUUGUCAUGGUUCCGCAGGUUGGCAACACAAGGGAUGUUCAGCUACCUCACCAACUACCUCAGCACGACUACCUGAACGGCCUGGAGCCCCUAGGCGUGAUCCACACCGUUUCGGGCAACGAGCCGCCGUACAUGUCUGCCGCGGAUGUGACCCAGCACGCCCGCCUCAUGAACGCUCAUCCCUCUUGGGACAAAAAGACUGUAACGAUGACCGUUUCCUUCACCCCCGGUUCCGUGUCUCUUUCCGCAUGGGGUCUCACCCCGCAAGGCUACAAGUGGGGUGCGGAGAACAAGGACAUGAGUUCCGACCAGCCCCAAGGCUUCUCUACUAGCAUGGGCGAGAAGUGCCAACUGCUCCUGAGUGACCGCGUCCGUGGCUACUUCCUCGUACCGGAGGACAACCUUUGGAACUACAGCUUCAUGGGUAGCUCCUUUGGCAGUGUCGAGAAGCGGCCAAUCUAUGUGAAGAUUGAUACCCCGUUACGCUUCUACGAUGACCAGCAUCGCCCGCUGCACUUCCAGAACUUUGCCGAGCUUGAAGACAUCUGGGUCGACCGGUCGGACAACUUUGAGUAA